UGUGUGUGUGUGUCAGAUAACUGGUGAAAAGGUUAAAGUAAUAAUUGUGUGGUAUGAUUAUUGGUCCGGCAACCUUUUUAAGUUUACAUUUGGUGCCGUGACUCGGAUCCCAACAUAGGGAAAGUCCCUUCGGGCUGAAUAAGUGACGGGGGAUUCCGGGUGAGUGUAAACGGGCGGUAGGGCGCCCCGAGGUGUUUUACCUCUGACCAGCCCUUCCACUCAUUCGAAAAGCUCCUGCCCCUCGCCCAGAGGAACCUGAACCUUGACAGGAUCCAGCGAACCACCCGGACCAGGAGAAUAAGAGUACAAGUUGAAGGGGCUGCCUGUAUGUAUGAGGAUGGUAAAAGCAUUUCGUUACUAUUUUCAACAUCCAUGGAGUCGGCUGAUUGUGGCCUACUUGGUGACUUUUUUCAAUUUCCUCAUUUUUGCUGAAGAUCCCAUUUCUCACAGUCAGACUCCGGCCAAUGUAAUUGUUGUUGGGAAUUGCUUCUCUUUCAUCGCAAAUAAGUACCCUGGAGGUGGUUGGAACUUUCUAAAGGUGCUGAUGUGGUUGCUGGCUAUUGUCACUGGUCUCUUCGCAGGGAAAUUCCUCUUCCAUCAACUCAUGUUUGGUCAGUUACUACGUCUUAAGAUGUUCCGGAAAGAUCAUGGCUCCUGGAUGGUGAUGUUUUUUUCCACUAUUCUCUUCCUGUUCAUCUUCUCUCAUAUUUACAACCUGUGCCUCUUAAUCACUGGAAACAUGAGUCCCUUCAUCAUUAAUGAAUACAUGGGUAUAAGAAAUGAAAACUUCAUGAAGUUAGCAGCAGUUGGAACCUGGUUGGGAGAUUUUGUUACUGCAUGGAUGGUCACUGAUAUGAUGCUCCAAGAUGAUUCAUAUCCUGCUUGGGGAAAGUCUGCACGAGCCUUCUGGAGAAAAGGAUAUAACAGGAUUGUCUUGUUCUGGUCGGUCCUGAUCACUCUGACAAGUGUCGUUGUGGUUGUCAUCACCACUGACUGGAUCAGCUGGGACAAGUUGAACCGAGGAUUUCUGCCAAGUGAUGAGGUCUCCCGCGCAUUUUUGGCCUCAUUUAUCCUUGUUUUUGACCUCCUCAUCAUCAUGCAGGACUGGGAGUUUCCACAGUUCAUGGGAGAUUUGGAAAUCAACCUUCCAGGUCUUCCCACCUCACAUAUUCAAUUAAGGCUGCCUCACUUCCGGAGGGUAUUCAAGAACGAAUAUACAAUUUAUAUCACAGGUAAAUGGUUUAACUAUGGCAUCAUCUUUCUCGUGCUGAUUUUGGACCUGAAUAUGUGGAAGAAUCAGAUAUUUUACCAGCCUGGAGAAUACGGCCAGUAUGUAGGACCUGGACAAAAAAUCUAUACAGUGGAAGAUAUGGAGACAUUAAAGGCUUUAAACAAAAGUACAUUGAACUGGGAAUGGAGAUCAACUAAUAUUAACCCAAUGACUAACAGGACUUAUGUCCAUGGUGACAUGUUUUUACACAGCAGGUAUGUGGGUGCCAAACUUGGGGUCAAGUGUCUUGCUUUUGUCCCUAGCAUCUUGGCAUUUAUCUUCUUUGGCUUCUUCAUCUGGUUUUUUGGAAGAUUUCAGAAAAGUGAAUUAAUCAAAGACAAACAGGAUAGUUUGUAUGUAAAGAUCAAAAGGAAAUCACCUUCUGACUUCAGCAAAGAUUUUAAUGAAGUGGCAGAAGACGCACAAAAGCGCGCGACUACAAACGAUGAAUCAUUGAUGACCACGGAGAUGGAGGUGGCCACAGCUAUUGUACACAGCAUUUCUGAUUCACCCACCGAAGAUCAGGAGACCUUCCUCAAGAAUUCACACAGCAGCACUGCGAUGGACACAAAGCAACUUUCUGAACCCACACCCGCUUCUGUUUUGCCUGAUCGAUUGCCAAAACCAAUAACUGACCAGAAUGCUGAGAUGCAAACUUAAAACAAGCACAUGCCUUAUGUAGGAUUUUACCUUUUCAUUUUUGCACAUUUAUAAAUCUUUGUACUUUUUGUGUUACAGUGUCACUUUGACUUAAAUUACUGACCUUGCUUUUAAAAUAAAAAAGAACAACUAAGUUAAGUAGGUGGUGGCUCUACUAUAGAACAAAAGUCACUUUUAUUUUCUAAGAAGAGUAAUAUUGUGCCUAUACCUAGAUAUUCCUAUGAAUCUUGCCUUUUGCAGAAACACGGGAGUAUGUCUUAAUGCUGUAUUAAAUUGUACUGUAAUAUUGUGUUCAUCUCUAAUUGAGCAUAAAUUGAUAACUGCUGUACGUUGUGCCUUGAGGAAAUGCAUUUUGUAUUCAGUCGUCUGAAGGGAUUUUUUAAAAAUGGUAGAAUUACAAUUCAGAAAAAAAAGCAUAAUAACAAUUCUUAUAUCUAAAGCAGGUGUUCCCAGUCUGGGGUCUAUGGACCCCUUGCGUAAUGGUAUUGGUCCAUGGCAUAAAAAUGGUUGGGAACCCCUGCUCUAAACAGGUUGCUUCUGAGAUCAGUGGAGUUUCCCAAAUGCUCUGCUGCAUUCUUCUGAAGCAAAAUUUGUUGCUGGGAUUGCUAGUAUGAUCACUGCUAAAUUCACAAUGGUGUGGAUUGUAUUGACUACUAAACUGUAUAUUAACGAAUAGUUUGUCAAUUAAUCUUUUGAUUUUUCUGUAGUGGCAGGCCUCUGUAGAAUUCAGUGAUAGGGGGAGGGGGAGGUACGGCUGCCCCAGAUGGACAACAGUAAUUGAGGAGAAUAUAUAUUAAGAAUUGCAUUGCACCUCUGUAUACUAAAGCACGAUAGAUGUCUGUAUUGAUAUUUAUAUAUAGAUACUAAUGAAAAUUGUAGA